AUGGUACUAACGGCGUCAACACGUCGUAGAACAAGCGUCGGGUUUUGGUUGGAUAGAGAAGAUAACGGUGUUUGUGAAAGAGCGUCAAUGGGAAAGAUAGGAGGGGGGAAAUCACGUGUUGGUAACGCACUUGCUAAGAGGUGUGGGACCCAUGAGUACUGUGUAGCAUUUGUGUGUGGUCUAAAAAGCAAACCCUUUGUAGGAAUCUUUGUCCGUUUAAUUUAA